GGAUACUAGGCAAAAUUGAUGUCCAUUGCUCAGGAUUUCAACUCAACUUAUUUGAGGAACCAACAAGUUUUCAUGUAAAACUAGAACUUAGAAGCUAAAAUAAACUUUGAAGCAUGGAGGACUUACUUGUUGAUGUGCUUGAGUGCUCAGUCUGCUUGAAUCAGCUGGACAGUACUGCUCGUGUAUUGCCCUGCCAGCACACAUUUUGUUAUGGAUGUCUCAAUGAUAUAAUGAAGUCUCAUAAGGAAUUGCUGUGUCCUGAGUGUCGUGUGCUGGUGAAUAUUCCCAUCGACCGUCUGCCCACAAAUCUUCUCCUCAUAAGGAUACUUGAGGGCUUGAAAAACAGACCAAACACUACUCAACAUUCAAGUAAUGUUAAUUUGGCAUCAAAUACCGGUACCUUGCCACCUGCCACCACUGAUUACUCAUAUAUACUCAAGCUUUAUGAUAAGCCCAAUGUUAGUGCUUGUGGGACAUUGCCAUCAAAUUUUCAAUCAUCACCAGGCAGAUCCACUUUCCAGAGCUUAGACUCGAGCUCAAGUUCAUUAAGUGCCAUUUGUGCAUUGCCUGGUCCUGCUUCCAUCAACUCUUCCUUGAAUUCUGUUGCUUCUUCCUCAUCUACAAAUACAGACUUGACUUCCACCACAUUGUGUCUAAGAAAUUCUUUGAAUCCAUUUUUCAAUAGUCCAUCUGAGCCUGGUUAUCAGUCAUCUAUCAUGUCUUCUCCCAUAUCAUUUAAUUCCAGUUCCAGCUCUGUGUCUCCUCUAGUGCAUCCAAUAUCUACUCCAAGUUUAUCUGGAAUUGCAAACAGCAAUGCCUCUCAGACUUGCUUGUCAAAUCAGAUGCUACAACAAAAUUUACAUCAUAUUCAGUCCUUGACUGCUAGGGUUUCCGAUUCUCUUAUUUUAAAUGAACAAGCCCAAUCAAUUCCAUUUAGUACUAAUCAUAGAGAGAGUAAUUUGGAGGAUUCCUUAGCCUCUGACACUUCUAGUGGUCUUUUACCAAGUAGUGCUUUGCCAUCUGACUCAUCUUCCUCUUCUUUGCCAAGUGUAAAUGUUUUUGGGAGCAGUUCAGCUUUGACUGGGGUAGGAGUCUGGUCUUCCAACAGUGCAAAUGCUGCCCAACAGUCCAACAUAUCUGUGCUCUCUCAAACUUCAUUCUCUUCAAGAACAGCUUCUCCAGCCACAACAUCUGUACACAACUCUGUUCUUCCUGUUGCUACCACUCAAAGCACACCUAUCUUCCCAAGUCAAACAUCAGUCAGAAGUGUCUCAAAUUUUACAUCUAGUUUAAACACAUCUACAUCUUUUAGCCCACUUCCUCCCUUCUUUGCUUCUGGUGUGGCUCUUCCUUCUGCUUCUUCAACAGAUAAUUUGAUGCUCACAUCAUCUUCACUUAUCUCUGGUGGCACUUCAUCCAUUAGUGAUCAGAUGACAAAUUUAGGCACUGUAGCACCACUCUCUCAGACUGCUCCAAACAGUCGGAGCAUCACACCAGUUUUUGGUACCAACUCAGGCCUCUCUGCUUCUCAUCUUGGAUCUUUUGUCUCUUCCACAUCACCUCUGGCUCUGUCAUCAGCUAAACCCCAGCUGAUGGUUGAUCAUUUCCAGCUCGCUGCUCCUGUGUUUGCCCGCGCUCUCUUCAACUACUCAGGCAACAAUGAAAGAGACCUGAGUGUGCAGAAGGGCGCCAUAGUAACGGUGGUGCGCGUGGUGGACAACAAUUGGGUGGUGGGGGAGUGUGGUGGAAGACAAGGCUUCCUCCCCUCCUCCUACGUCCAGCCUCUGCCCUCAGACGCGCUCCCUCAGGCCGUUGCUCUCUAUGACUUCAAAAUGCCUGAUGCUUCCCAGGGCCCCGCGGCCAGCUGCCUUAGCUUCAACAAGGGUGAGGUGUUGGCCGUUAGUCGUCGUGUGGACCACAACUGGGCGGAAGGUUCCCUGGCAGGACAGACGGGGAUCUUCCCUGUAUCCUUCGUGCAGCUCAACGCUGCCGCUGCCGCCCUCCUGCAAGUCCUUCCCAGUCUCGAGCCUGCAGGGACAACGGCUGAGACCAGCCAACCUGCCGUGACCCAACCUCGCGCCAGCAGCACCCUGCCUCGCCGUGGCAGUCACGGCUCUUCUCUGCAGUCCAUCUCACCUGCGGCGCCCCCCAGUGAGCAGUGCUCAGACGUCCCCGUUUCUGUAGGCAACAUCGCCCCUCUCUCAGCCAGCACCAUUGCCCCCCUCUCAGCCGGCAACAUCGCCCCUCUCUCAGCCGGCAACAUGGCCCCUCUCUCAGCCGGCAACAUCCACGACGACUUGUUGCCACCUCUCACUAUUCCUGCCAACGCAGGCUUGCCGGCCUCUGCUGCCAAGAUCGCCUCCAAUAACAUGGCAAUGCUAUACGUGGCACGGUUCCCAUACGUGCCGCAGAAGGCAGACGAGGUGGCGCUGACGAAGGGCGGCCUGUACGCCGUGACGCAGCGCUGCCAUGACGGCUGGUACAAAGGGCGCUGCCUCACCACCCACAAGACGGGCGUCUUCCCCGGCAAUUACCUCCAGCCUGCUCGGGGCCAGUGUUACUCUUGUGUNGGUCAGAUGACUGUCUGCUGGUCAGAUGACUGUCUGCAGGUGACGACUUUCUGUGCAGGCGCGACGACCCCGGCCCCUGGGGCGCCUGGUGGAGAAUGUCGCGUCAGCGCGCGCCUUGACAGAGUGCAAUCUGCCUCCACGCUUGGCUCCUCCCCCUCCUUCCACCAGAAAACGGACGUCGGCCUCGAGGAUCUCAAGGACUUCGUCCAGCCUCCGGUGAACGUCGCUAGUCAUCCGUCCCCGCAACCUCCUGGCAACACCACGCCACUGCCAGCCCCUCUCAUCAGGGAGAGAUGUCGGUGCAUCGUGGCGUUCCCAGCGAGCAGUCCCCGCGAGCUCGGACUGAGUGUGGGUGACAUCGUCUACGUCCUGCGGCGACCAACCGCACCAGGAACCAAUGUUGACGGCGGCAGUGGGGAUGGUGAGGCGCCUGGGGGAGUGUCAGAGGGCUGGCUUUACGGCCUGCUGCACUCGACUGGACAGCGAGGACUUUUCCCGUCCACUUUCGUGGAGCCUGUUUGAUAAUGAGGCUCCAGAGACCCGUCCAAUUUGAAUUCUUUUCGAACUUGAUGAACAAGUUUGGCCGUGACGUAAAGGUUCCGAUUGUUUAAUUUUAAUUAGGAUAGACUGAUCCAGAACAGCUUUGUUUCUUAGCAUCGACUUCUUGAGCUCUAGGCCGUCUGAAUAUUAUGCUUAUUUUAUUACACUUGCGAAGCUCAUUAAAGUAUUUUGAACAGAAUUUCCUGAUAUUGAGUAGUUACUUGGUGGCUUACGAGAGUCGGCCAUCGACUCUCGACCGACGGCAGGAUAGCUUUAGUUUUCUCUCUAGGAGUUUAUCGUUAGUUUUCUGGAGUAUAUAAACUCCACUACUCUGGACUACUCCAUAUACUCCACUACUUGUCGUAUUUCACUGAAGUUUUCACUCAAGAAAGUCACUAAAUUAGCUUUAGUUCCUGGUCGUUCAGCUGAGACGGAAGCUGUGCUUUGUGCAAUUGAAUAUUACGUGAGGACUGAAUCUCGUUAUGACUAGAAAGUUUUAAUUGCAUCGAUGAGUAAUAAUUUUGUUAGUUAUAUUUGGUUUUGACUUUAAGGAUUAGCAGUGUUACGACUUUGAGGUUUGAUAUUAUUGCGAAGUUAAGGAUUGAAGUGAAGAAACAGUUACGUACCAACAUUACCAAUGAUUAUAAUUGUCGGUGUUCCAAACGGUGUUUAUAAUUAGUGUUGGGGUUGGUGUUCUGCUGCAGCGAUGAGUGUAGCGACACAAUGGAUUAGAUUCGUAUUACGUAUCACUUUAACUGCUUUUGUUCUCCAUCAGUAUUUGGUGUCGGAUUAUUCAAGGAUGAUAACAUACAUACGGUACUUUUUAACAAGCUACUUAAAUUUUUGUCUCAUCAAUGUAAGCUUUAUUAAUGGUAAACAAGUGUUGUUGUCGUGUAGUUAUAAUAAUGAUAAUUUAUUGGUAUUGUAUCGAAAGACGUGUUUGCUAUUCUUGUACUGAGUGAAGGCAAUGUGAUGUAUUGCAACAUAGGCAAAUAUUCCUGUUAAACCUCCAUGUUGUGGAAGACUAUUGAAGUGACUAACUGCAGAUAUUGAUACAAUAUUGAAUAUUAUGGUCGUAUUAGACCCUUGUAGAGUAACUCUUAUUACCAACGGGUAACAUAUUAACGUUUAAAGAUCUUGAUUGCAUU